GAGGGUGCGCAUGCGCCCACGUCCUCUCUGCGUCGUCGCGGUUCCAUUGCGAAACGUACUGGACUCUCUUUAUCAUUUGUACUCAGUCUCUGCAUUCUUGCUUUCCGUUUCUUUGCGAGUCAUUUCAAUCAGAUUCAAAUGGCUUCACAACCAGAGAUGGAGCAUCCCAGGAAGGCUUUCGGAUGGGCUGCUAGGGAUACUUCUGGGGUUCUCUCUCCCUUCAAGUUUUCUCGAAGGGAAACGGGAGAGAAAGAUGUGACGUUCAAAGUGUUAUACUGCGGGAUUUGCCACUCAGACCUCCACAUGAUUAAGAAUGAGUGGGGAAAUUCCAUCUAUCCUCUUGUACCCGGGCAUGAAAUUGUUGGUGAAGUAACAGAGGUGGGAAGCAAGGUUGAAAAUUUCAAGGUUGGAGACAGGGUAGGUGUGGGAUGCAUGGUUGGUUCAUGUCUCUCAUGCCCAAACUGUGUUGACAAUCUUGAAAAUUACUGCCCAAAAAUAAUUCUCACAUAUGGUGCCAAGCAUGUGGACGGUACCAUCACAUAUGGAGGCUACUCUGACUUGAUGGUGGCAGAUGAGCACUUUGUAGUCCGCAUUCCAGACAGCCUUCCUCUUGAUGCUGCUGCUCCUCUCCUUUGUGCUGGGAUCACUGUGUAUAGUCCUUUGAGAUAUUUUGGACUAGACAGGCCUGGUUUACAUGUUGGUGUGGUUGGUCUCGGUGGUUUAGGCCACAUGGCUGUGAAGUUUGCCAAAACCUUUGGUGCUAAGGUGACAGUUAUCAGUACAUCACCAAAUAAGAAGGAGGAAGCAAUAAAAAACCUCGGAGCCGACUCCUUUGUGGUCAGCCGGGAGCAAGAUCAGAUGCAGGCUGUAAUGGGUACCUUUGAUGGUAUAAUUGACACUGUGUCUGCUGUCCAUCCUCUCAUGCCUCUGAUUGGCCUGUUGAAAUCUCAUGGGAAACUUGUUAUGGUCGGUGCCCCAGAGAAGCCUCUGGAACUCCCAGUCUUUUCUUUACUUCUGGGGAGAAAGUUAGUUGCUGGGAGUUGCAUUGGAGGGAUGAAGGAGACGCAAGAAAUGAUUGAUUUUGCUGCGAAGCACAAUGUUAAGCCUGACAUUGAGGUUGUUCCAAUUGAUUACGUGAACAAGGCAAUGGAGCGUCUCGCGAAAGCAGAUGUGAAGCAUCGAUUUGUCAUCGACAUUGGGAACACAUUGAAACCAAGCUCUUAAUUUCGCACUAUAUUCGGAUUUCUGGUUAUAAAGGCAGGGGAGUUUGAGUUGGCAAUUUAGGGUCGGUUACUUUUGGGGUGAAACAUUAUUAUAUCACCCCGUUGGAUUGUUUGGUUUAGCUAGGAUGAUUUAGAGUGAUUCUGGAUUUGGGGAUAGCUGUGUUUCAGAGUUUGUCAGUAUAUUGGAAAACCAGACUUGCAUGCUAGGCUGCUAGCCAUGCAGAUCUGGUUGUUGAAAAUGUCAAUGGGAGCAUAACCGUAAUAGAUAUAUAUCGGGUACUUUUUAUUUU